AUGGCAUCUCUUGACAGGGUGAAGCUGCUGGUCUUGGGAGAUUCAGGUGUUGGGAAAUCUUCUCUGGUUCAUUUGCUGUGUCAGAAUCAAGUUCUGGGUAACCCCUCAUGGACAGUAGGCUGCUCUGUGGAUGUGCGGAUCCAUGACUACAAAGAGGGCACUCCAGAAGAGAAGACCUACUACAUCGAGUUGUGGGAUGUUGGAGGGUCUGUGGGCAGUGCCAGCAGUGCAAAGAGCACCAGGGCCGUGUUCUACAACUCUGUCAAUGGCAUCAUACUGGUCCAUGACUUGACGAACAAGAAAUCUUCACAGAAUUUAUACCGCUGGUCAUUGGAAGCAUUGAAUAAAGACUCCUCUCCUACAGGAGUAAUAGUUACAAAUGGCGAUUACGACAGGGAGCAGUUUGCCGAAAACCCCCUCCCCCUGCUCGUGAUCGGGACCAAGUUCGACCUGAUCCCCGAGAACAAGCGCAACGACGUGCUGACAAGGACCGCGUUCCUGUCGGAGGACUUCAACGCCGAGGAGAUAAACCUGGAUUGCACGAACCCGCGGUAUCUUGCAGCAGGCUCGUCAAAUGCAGUGAAGCUGAGCAGGUUCUUUGAUAAGGUAAUUGAGAAGAGGUAUUUCACAAAGGAUGCAAGCCAGAUGACUGGCUUCUCGGAAAGAAAGCGCUUCAACCUCAAGAGUCUCCAUUAUGACUGAGAGUGUGGGACGAGAUGUAGAGGGUGGUGGUGAUGGGGAGAGUGAGGCAGGUGUGGUUUUAUAGCAAUUUCACAACUUGCCAGGACACCUCCGCCCCUGUUUUUUUUUUUUUUUUAAAGAGGACAGAGGUCCGCUGCAGUGGCCUCCACCUUUGGCUUGGCAGCCUCAUGCACCUGGUGCAUGUCUGUGCUGCUAUGUUCAGCCAGCCUGGUGUCAACCCUGUUAUUAAGUGAGAUAAGUAUGCAUGGACCACCCCUAGUUGCAAAGGAGAGUGCUGCUUUUGCCUGCUUUUCUCACAGGCAUCGGGAAAUGCUCACCGCACCAAUGGAGCAGGUGAUUCACCCACUCUUUCCAGUUGCUCGGCUUUUGCGUGUACACUAACUCAGUUUAGAGCAUGAUGACACGCAGGUGGUAAGCAAAUACCAUGUUAUAUGAAGAGAACAGCUGCACCUCAGGGGGGUUAAAUCAGACAAUAACCCUCACAGGAACUAUGGUCACAUCACUCAGAGUUCUCAUUGUCUGCUAGCCAUCACAGUCUUGGAUCAUAAGCUAUUACCACGUGCAGCAGAUUUGAGCUUCAGAAGGCUAACACAAACUGUAUACUGCUAAUAUAGGGGAAGAACAAUUUGGAGGCGGAGGAU